UCCACUACUCGUCUACUCCAUUAUUAGUCCAGUCUCCACAGCCCUAGCCUCCAGAACUAGAACGCGCUAGCCACUCUCUGUCUCUCACACUCAAUCCACAGCUCCUGGUCCUCCCUUACUUCCGUCCAGCCACCGCCUGCUACCGCCGCCGGCGGAACUUCCAGCUUCGAAGAGCCACUGCCUGCUCCCUCACUUCCCCCUCAUCGCGCAGCAGCCGUCGCAACCUUCCUUCCUCUCCAUCGCGCAGCCACCGUGCGAACGUGGAAGCCUCAGUCGCGCAGUCACUGUCCGUCGGCGCCAGCUCUGUUCCACUGCAGCCACUGCUUGUUCGAAGGCCGUUCGAAGCCCAUUCGAAGGUGAAACUUGUGGUGUCUCCCUCUUGCGUGCUCUGUUCAAGAUUUCUAGCUUCUAGCCUCCAUCGCAGCGCCGUGCGUCUCACUGUCGCUGCCAAGUUUGUCGUGGCCGUUCGCCAAUCCUCUUGGUUCAUCGUGCUCGAAGGCCCUCCCCUCAUUUGCCCAACGCCAGCGUCUCCGGGUCCUAGCAAAGCAGCUCUUCGCCCCAUCGUUAGUCCGUUAGCUGUUCGUUACCAGCUCGCCAGUGUUCGCCACUAGCUCUCUGUUGUCCGUUGCCAGCUUGCCAGUGUUCGUCGCCAGCUUCCUGUCAUCUGUCGCUCUCCCUUAAAUCUCUGCUCACUGCCCUCGCCAAAGCACGCACCACGCAGUCGCAGCCAUUGAGACUGAGCCACUGGCCACGCACCCUCCUUCCCUCACGCACGGCGCCGCCCUUUCUCUCUCAGCCCUCUCUCUGUCUCUCACCAGCCACCGGCGAAGCUCCUCGUUCGACUGACGAUGGUGACGACCGACGACUGACGACUGAUGACUGACGCUUCUCUGCUCGUCCGGUGGUCUUCUUCUUCUCUGUUAGCCCCCGCCACUGCUCUGCUCUGCUCUUUUCUCUGGUCGUCGUCUUCUUCUCUUCUCAGGUAUGGUGUGAGCAAGCAAGACGAGGCUUUUAAGGCAGAGAUUUGUGAUAUAUAUACGCCGAGUUUGUGUCCUCUCUCCUUCCUCCUGGUGAUGAGGAACUUAAAGGUGAUGAGGUUGAUAGGAUAAUCAGUUUCAAGAAUUCCAUAGGGAUUGAUGACCCAGAUAUAGAAGCUAUGCAUAUGGAGGAUCCACCCCUGAAUUACAAGCUCGUAAUUUACUCAUUCGCCCUCAGUGACUGCAUGACAUUUAUCCAAAGAGAAGACAACUGAGAAAACCCUUCUUCAGAACUCCGAACUGAACUUGCUCUUCAUCAUCGUCUUCAUCAUCUUCAAUGGCAAUGGCAACACCUACAUUACCAACUAUCAACCUAAUGUAGCAUAAUACCAAUACCCCUUUCUUUUUGCGUAACACUCCCAUGUCUUCCCCUUUCCUCCUUAGUUAUUCUCCUUCCUCAUCUCCCUUCCCACAAUCCCUAAACCCCAAAUUCAGAACCUUUCCCAGACGCCUCAAUUCCACUUCCAUUGUAUCAUCCCAAAUUCAAACACCAGAACCCGAAAAUGACGACAACAAAGAUAAAACUCGCAACAAAAACCUCAAUUUCCUCAAGCUUACAGUGACCCUUACCGUUAUCUCUGCUUCCCUGCCACAAGCCACCACCCUUGCUGCUGAAUCCGCCGUGAAGGGAAAGAAAAGGGCACCCAAAAAGGCCGAAGCUUUGACGCUGGAGGAGCUGAAGUCAUGGGCUCAGGGUCUUCCAGUGGUCUCUGAUCGUCUUCCCUACAGCGACCUUAUUGAACUAAAGAAGGCUGAGAAGCUCAGACACAUAAUUAAGCCCGGUUCUAUAAACUUGAGGCAAAAGGCCGAACCAGUUCUGGUGGUUCUAGAAGACUCUAGAGUGUUCAGGACGGUUUUGCCAUCGUUUGAGACUCAUAGGAAGUUUUGGGAAUCAUGGGAUGAAUUAAACAUUGGUUCUUUGUGUAUGAAUACAUACACACCACCCCUUAAGAGGCCUAACUUGCCCCUUCCUAUAUGGGUAAGGGGUCCGGUGCUACCUGCUAUUGAAAAGUUUAUGCUUAAGCUUGCUGAGAAGAAACCGAAGAUAGAAUCCAAGAAGGCGAAAGAGUAUAGGGAGAUGAGGAUGGAACUUAAGAGGCAGAGGGAAGAGGAGCUGAAAGCUAUGAGGGAAGAGAGGAAGGAGUUGGAGAGGGCCAAGAAGGCGCAGAGGAAGGCUGAGGAGAGGCGGCGAAAGAAGGAGAUAAGGAAGAGGAAGUAUCAGGAGUCAUUGAUUCGGGCAAGGGAUAAUUAUGUGAGGAUGGCUGAUCUUUGGUAUGAUUUGGCAAAUAAUCCUAAUGUUGUCAAUGCACUUGGCUUGGUUUUCUUCUACAUUUUCUAUAGGAUUGUGGUGCUUAAUUAUAGGAAGCAAAAGAAGGAUUAUGAGGAUAGGCUUAAGAUUGAGAGAGCUGAGGCUGAGGAGAGAAGGAAGAUGAGGGAGUUGGAGAAGGAGAUGGAGGGUGUUGAACGUGAUGACGAUGAUGAGAGUGAGCAUGAGAAAGGGGAGGAGCAGAAUGAUUAUUUGAAGAUGGCAAAGCAGUUUAUGAAGUCGGGGGCACGCAUUCGGAGAGCCAAGAACAAGAGUCUUCCUCAGUAUUUAGAGAGAGGUGUAGAUGUGAAGUUUAGUGAUGUUGCAGGGCUGGGUAAGAUACGUCUUGAAUUGGAGGAGAUUGUCAAGUUCUUUACUCACGGGGAAAUGUACCGAAGGAGAGGAGUGAAAAUACCAGGUGGUAUACUUCUUUGUGGCCCUCCUGGGGUGGGAAAGACAUUGCUGGCAAAAGCAGUGGCUGGUGAGGCAGGGGUUAAUUUCUUCUCUAUUUCCGCUUCACAAUUUGUGGAGAUAUACGUUGGUGUAGGGGCAUCUCGUGUGCGAGCACUUUACACGGAAGCCAGGGAAAAUGCUCCAUCUGUUGUCUUCAUUGAUGAGCUGGAUGCUGUGGGAAGGGAGCGUGGCUUGAUUAAGGGUUCAGGUGGACAGGAACGUGACGCUACUCUCAAUCAGCUCUUGGUGUGCUUAGAUGGAUUUGAAGGAAGAGGAGAGGUGAUCACUAUUGCAUCCACCAAUCGACCAGACAUUCUGGAUCCUGCACUUGUGAGACCUGGUCGGUUUGAUCGAAAAAUAUUUAUUCCCAAGCCUGGCCUCAUUGGUCGCAUAGAAAUUCUAAAGGUCCAUGCUCGUAAAAAGCCAAUGGCAGAAGAUGUGGACUAUUUUGCUGUUGCUAGUAUGACUGAUGGCAUGGUUGGUGCAGAGCUUGCUAACAUAGUUGAGGUUGCUGCCAUCAACAUGAUGAGGGAUUCAAGGACUGAGAUUACUACUGAUGACUUGUUACAAGCUGCACAAAUGGAAGAAAGAGGAAUGCUGGAUAAAAAGGAGAGAAGCAUGGAGACUUGGAAGCAAGUAGCUAUUAAUGAGGCUGCAAUGGCUGUCGUAGCUGUGAACUUUCCUGAUCUUAAAAAUAUCGAGUUUGUCACAAUUGCUCCCAGAGCUGGUAGGGAAUUGGGUUAUGUGCGGGUGAAGAUGGAUCCUAUCAAAUUUAACGAAGGAAUGCUCACUCGACAAUCUGCCCUGGAUCAUAUUACUGUUCAACUAGCUCCCCGUGCAGCUGAUGAAAUUUGGUUUGGGAGUGGUCAAUUGAGUACGAUAUGGGCCGAAACUGCAGACAAUGCGAGGUCCGCAGCAAGGAUAUUUGUUCUUGGUGGGCUUUCAGAGAAGUACCACGGAAUUACCAAUUUCUGGGUGGCAGACCGGAUAAACGUAUGGGUUCUCUCUCUCAAGUCUCAACUUCAAUUUUCUCAUUGCAACCACAUUAUUGAAAUAACACACUUUGUUGCAUUUCGUUGUCAGGACAUUGACUUGGAAGCAAUGCGGAUUGUGAACUUGUGUUAUGAACGCGCAAAAGAGAUCCUACAUGAAAAUAAAGUGCUGAUGGAUGCAGUGGUGAAUGAACUUGUUGAGAAGAAAAACAUAACAAAACAGGACUUCUUUCAUCUGGUGGACUUGCAUGGCUCCAUAAAACCAAUGCCUCCCAGCAUUCUUGACCUUAGAGCUGCCAAGCAGAGAAUUCCAACAACUUCGUAAUGAUGAAAACCAGACAGCUUUGAAGAGCAACUCUUAAGAAAUGGCACAACCAAUUUUUAGACUAGUUUACUUUAUAGUCAUAUUUAUUGUACGUUAUAUAAAAAAAAUUAUUUUAUAAAAAUUAUGUUAAAAAUUAAAUUUUUAAUGUAUUAAAUACAUAAAAAAUAUUAAAAUU